AUGACCCUCUCCUUCUGUGGUGAGGAUAGGAAUAAUUCCUACAGCGUGGACAUGGGCGUCCUGAACAACGGCUGUUUCGUGGACGCCCUAAACCUUGUGCCCCACGUCUUCCUCCUCUUCAUCACCUUUCCCAUCCUCUUCAUCGGCUGGGGUAGUCAGAGCUCCAAGGUGCAGAUUCACCACAACACAUGGCUUCACUUCCCUGGACACAACCUGCGCUGGAUUCUCACCUUCACCCUGCUGUUCGUUCACGUGUGUGAGAUCGCUGAGGGUAUUGUCUCCAACACGUACAUGGAGACCAAUCAUCUUCAUCUGUUCAUGCCAGCAUUCAUGGGCUUCAUCGCUGCGACGACAUCUGUGGUAUAUUACCACAACAUUGAAACUGCCAACUUCCCCAAACUACUGUUGGCACUCUUCAUCUACUGGGUUCUGGCCUUCAUCACAAAAAUCAUUAAGCUGUGGAAGUUUGCCCAGUAUGAGGUGGGCCCUCAGCACCUGCGUUUCUGCAUCACUGCCCUGCUGGUCGUCCUGUACGGCCUGCUCAUGGCCGUGGAGAUCAACGUCAUCCGCGUCAGGAAAUACGUGUUUUUUGCGAACCCACAGAGGGUGAAGCCCCCUGAAGACCUGCAGGAUCUGGGUGUGCGCUUUCUGCAGCCUUUUGUCAACCUGCUGUCCAAGGCCACCUAUUGGUGGAUGAACCCGCUCAUCAUCGGUGCGCACAAGAGGCCGAUCGAGCUGAAGAAGAUCGGCAAGCUGCCCAUCGCCAUGAGGGCACUGACCAAUUACCUGCGUCUGAAAGAUGCCUACGAAGAACAGAGGCAGAAUGCAGAGGAUCCGGAGAAGGCCCCAUCCAUUUGGAGGUCCAUGUACCGGGCAUUUGGACGGCCCAUCCUCCUCAGCAGCACUUUCCGUUACCUGGCUGACCUGCUGGGCUUUGCCGGUCCCCUCUGCAUCUCUGGCAUCGUGGAACACCUCGACAACAAGACUGAGAUCGUUGGGACUCAGAACCUGUAUUUUGGGGUCUACUUUAUGUCCUCCACUGAGCUGCUGCAGAAUACAUCAGUCCUGGCUGUGCUGCUGUUCCUUGCCCUGGUACUGCAGCGCACCUUCCUACAGGCCUCUUACUACGUUACCAUAGAAACUGGCAUCAACUUGCGGGGCGCGUUGCUAGCAAUGAUAUACAACAAAAUCCUUCGUCUUUCGACGUCAAACAUGUCAAUGGGGGAGAUGACCUUGGGGCAGAUCAACAACCUGGUCGCCAUAGAAACCAACCAACUGAUGUGGUUUCUUUUCCUGUGUCCCAACCUGUGGGCCAUGCCAGUACAGAUUAUUAUGGGAGUGAUCCUGCUCUAUUAUCUGCUGGGCUACAGUGCUCUGGUAGGGGCCAUAGUCAUCGUGCUGUUGGCACCCAUUCAGUACCUCAUCGCCACCAAGCUUGCCGACGCCCAGAAGAGCACUCUGGACUACUCCACGGACCGCCUGAAGAAGACUACGGAGAUUCUGAAGGGCAUUAAACUUCUUAAGCUGUAUGCCUGGGAGAACAUCUUCUGCCACAGCGUGGAGGAGACACGCAGCAAGGAGCUGACCAGCCUCAGAACCUUCGCUUUUUACACCUCCAUGUCCAUUUUCAUGAACGCGGCCAUUCCCAUUGCUGCAGUGCUGGCGACAUUUGUAACACACACCUACAUCAGCCAAUCCCGUCUGAGUCCGGCGGAGGCCUUUGCCUCUCUGGCCCUGUUUCACAUCCUGGUCACUCCGCUCUUCCUGCUCUCCACUGUGGUGCGGUUUGCAGUGAAGGCUCUGGUCAGUGUGCAGAAGCUGGGUGAGUUCUUGCAGAGCGAUGAGAUUGGAGAUGACAGCUGGAGAAAUGGAGACAUGUCUGUAUCUCUGGAGUCAUGUAAGAAACACCAUGGGCCGCAGACGAAGGCCAUAAACAGGAAGCAGCCACUGCGCUACCAGAUGGACAGCUACGAUCAGCCACCACGGCGACAGCUGCGUCCCACGGAGACCGAAGACAUCGCGGUGAAGGUCAACAACGGAUACUUCACUUGGGGAAGCAACAUGUCGACCUUGUCUGACAUCAACAUCCGCAUCCCGACAGGUCAGCUGACCAUGAUUGUUGGCCAGGUGGGAUGUGGGAAGUCCUCCCUCCUGCUGGCCAUGCUGGGGGAGAUGCAGACCAUCAGUGGGAAGGUGUACUGGAGCAAACUGCCUGAUUGUGAGAUCCUCCACGAUGGGAACAUAAGUAAAAACAGGUACUCAGUGGCGUACGCUGCCCAGAAGUCCUGGCUCCUCAACGCCACAGUGGAAGACAACAUCACGUUUGGAAGCCCUUUCAACAAACAGAGAUAUAAAGCAGUGAUAGACGCUUGCUCACUGCAGCCCGACAUUGACCUUCUACCAUUUGGGGAUCAGACUGAAAUUGGAGAAAGGGGAAUAAACCUGAGUGGAGGACAGAGGCAGAGAAUCUGUGUGGCUCGAGCCCUCUACCAGAAUACCAACAUCGUCUUUCUGGAUGACCCGUUCUCCGCCCUGGACAUCCAUCUGAGUGAUCAUCUCAUGCAGGAGGGCAUCCUUAAGUUUCUGCAGGAUGACAAACGGACCGUGGUGCUGGUUACCCACAAGCUGCAGUACCUGAUCCACGCUGACUGGAUCAUUGCCAUGAAGGAUGGUUCAGUGUUGAGAGAAGGGACACUGAAGGACAUCCAAACUCAUGAUGUGGAACUUUACGAGCACUGGAAAACACUGAUGAACAGACAAGACCAGGAGCUGGAGAAGGACACAGAAUUUGAGAGUCAGACCACUCUUGAGAGGAAGACUCUCAGAAGAGCUUUCUACUCCAGAGAAGCUAAAAACCAGGUUGACGAUGAAGAUGAGGAGGAAGAGGAGGAGGAAGAUGAAGAUGAUAACAUGUCCACCACCACCAACCGACGCUCGAAGAUCCCAUGGAAGGUGUGCUGGCGUUACCUGUCCUCUGGUGGGUUCCUCAUGGUUUUCAUGAUGGUGUCCUCCAAACUGGCCAAGCACUCUGUCAUGGUUGCCAUUGACUACUGGCUGGCCACUUGGACCUCCUCCAACCCACACAGUCAGUCGAAUGACAGUUUCUAUGGCAACGGCACCAACUCCAGCCAGGAGUAUGAGGCUAUUCAGGAUGCAGAGCAUCGCUCCUACUAUGUUCCUGUGUUCAUCAUUCUGUGUGGAGCAGGGAUAGCUCUCUGUCUCAUCACCUCACUGACUGUGGAGUUUCUGGGCUUGUCUGCUGCUACCAGUUUACAUCACAACUUGCUCAACAAAAUUAUCCACGCCCCUUUACGAUUUUUUGAUAUAACUCCACUUGGGCAAAUCCUGAACCGUUUUUCUGCUGACACCAACAUCAUAGAUCAGCACAUUCCUCCAACCUUAGAGUCUCUGACACGUUCCACACUGCUCUGUCUGUCCGCGAUUGGCGUCAUUGCCUUUGUGACCCCUGCGUUUCUCAUCGCGCUUGUGCCCCUUAGCGUGGCUUUCUAUUUCAUCCAGAAAUACUUCCGUGUCGCCUCCAAAGAUCUGCAGGAUUUGGAUGACUCCACCCAGCUGCCGUUGCUCUGUCACUUCUCUGAAACUGCAGAGGGCCUCACCACCAUCCGAGCAUUCAGACAUGAGGCACGAUUUAAGCAAAGGAUGCUGGAACUGACGGACACAAACAACACAGCCUACCUCUUCCUCUCUGCUGCCAACAGGUGGCUGGAGGUUAGAACUGAUUAUCUGGGCGCUGUGAUAGUUCUGACGGCAGCAGUGGCCGCCAUUUGGACCUCAUUCUAUGGGCUUCAGUCAGGCCUAGCCGGACUGGGUCUGACAUACGCUCUCACUGUCACUAACUAUCUUAACUGGGUUGUCCGGAAUCUGGCUGACCUUGAGGUUCAGAUGGCAGCAGUGAAGAAGGUCAACAGCUUUCUGAACACAGAGUCUGAGAACUACGAAGGCUCCAUCGAUGUAUCGCAGGUGCCUGAGGACUGGCCACAGCAAGGAGAGAUUAAGAUCCAGGACCUGUGUGUUCGCUAUGAUCCAAUGCUAAAACCGGUACUCAAACACGUCAAUGCCUACAUCAACCCAGGACAGAAGGUGGGCAUCUGUGGGCGCACUGGCAGUGGAAAAUCCUCUUUGUCUCUGGCCUUUUUCAACAUGGUAGACGUGUUUGAAGGGAAGAUCAUAAUUGAUGGCAUUGACAUCUGUAAGCUGCCCCUUCAAACUCUACGCUCCCGCCUAUCAAUCAUACUGCAGGAUCCUAUACUGUUCAGCGGCUCUAUCAGGUUUAACUUGGACCCUGAACGUAAAUGCACAGACGACCGGCUCUGGGAGGCUCUCGAGAUAGCCCAGCUUAAGAACAUGGUCAAAGCCCUUCCAGGAGGUCUAGAUGCUGUGGUGACAGAAGGCGGAGAGAACUUCAGCGUUGGCCAGCGACAGCUGUUCUGUCUGGCCCGCGCCUUUGUCCGCAAGAGUAGCAUCCUUAUCAUGGAUGAAGCCACAGCGUCCAUUGACAUGGCAACGGAGAACAUCCUUCAAAAGGUGGUUAUGACAGCAUUUGCUGACCGCACUGUGGUCACCAUUGCGCACCGUGUUCACACAAUCUUGACAGCAGAUCUGGUGAUUGUCAUGAAGCGGGGGAACAUCUUGGAAUACGAUAAACCAGAGACUUUACUAGAACAAGAAGACGGCAUGUUCGCCUCCUUCGUCAAGGCCGAUAUGUAGAGCCUCUCCUUACCGUUGAAGAAUUCCGUCUGUCCAUUACUCAGUUUCCUCCCAUCCUCUAAUCCUGAUUCACCACUCUGGCCUUAAAGGGAAGAGCCAAUGAGCGUGACACAUGGCAAAUUACAAUUUACAAUUUACAAUUUAGUUAUUUGGCAGA